GGAGGGACGGCUACAAUGGAUCCUCCUGCGGGCUUUGUGCACGCUCGGAAUCCAGCUGUCGCCGGCCAGCCGAGCCCCGUGUCCCCCGAGGGCGCCCAUUUCCGGGCCUCCCAUCACUCGGAGAGCAUUGGCAGGCAGCGUCCAGGCCGAGCCCACAGCCGCUCCCGCCUUCUCGUGUCCGACCACCCCUAGUCUGUCCCCAAAAUGCCUGUGGACUUCAACGGGUACUGGAAGAUGCUGAGCAACGAGAAUUUCGAGGAGUACCUGCGCGCGCUGGAUGUCAACGUGGCCUUGCGCAAAAUCGCCAACUUGCUGAAGCCAGACAAAGAAAUCGUACAGGACGGCGACCACAUGAUCAUCCGCACGCUGAGCACUUUUCGGAACUACAUUAUGGACUUCCAAGUUGGGAAGGAGUUUGAGGAGGACCUGACCGGCAUUGACGACCGCAAGUGCAUGACCACAGUGAGCUGGGACGGAGACAAGCUCCAGUGCGUGCAGAAGGGCGAGAAGGAGGGGCGUGGCUGGACCCAGUGGAUCGAGGGUGACGAGCUGCACCUGGAGAUGAGAGCCCAGGGUGUGAUCUGCAAGCAAGUAUUCAAGAAAGUGCAGUGAGCAGCCCGAGAAGAUAGCCUUGGUCUUUAGGAACAAGUGGGAUGGGCCCGUGGUCAGGAGCCCCCACCCCCAGCAUGGGGCUGGAACACAUAGCCACCCAGGUAUCUGCCAGCAAAGUCUGUCUCAUCGCCUUGCCUCUUCCUUUUCUUAAGAUGAAGCCACCCCCCAAUAAAGGUCAUCUCUGUUUAA